AUGAGUCAGUUCCUACCAUCCGUCAAGUGUGAUAUUCCUCUACAAGAUGCAGGAGUGUACAAGCUUGAUUGUGAAUGUGGUCUCUCUUAUAUAGGACAAACCAAAAGAUCAAUUAGGACCCGCGUAAAAGAACAUAUAGCUGAUGUGAAGCAUCAACGUUCCGGGAAGUCUGCAGUUUGUGAUCAUAUCCUAGACGGCCCCAACCAUUACAUCAGAUUUGAUAGACCACAAAUCCUCGCGAAAGAACACCGAUUCCUACCAAGGAUGAUACGUGAGGCUAUUGAAAUUAAAAAACAUCCUAAUUUCAAUAGAGAAGGAGGCUGGGUACUACCACCUGCUUGGGAUCCUAUAAUCAAUAAAAUUAAAACUAAACCCAAGCAUACCACUGCAAGACCUCAGGACAUAGUCAGUUCAUUUUGCAUAGAUCGGACCAUAAACAAUAAUUAA